AUGUCUGUAUUGUAUGAAGACAUCUUGUCCAAAGGUUCCUAUGUUUGCGAUACAUUGGAGAUAUCUCAAGGCACAACGGAGAUUCCAUUGGAAGCACAUCGGAAGAAUUGGAACUGGAAAUGUGUGGACAUGAGACGCGCCUGUCAACUCAAAACCAUUGGGGAACGAGCCUUUGCUCGAUGCAAGUCGCUUGCUCGAGUAUUCUUUGCUCCGAAUUUACAGGUUAUUCAAGCUCAGGCCUUUCAGCACUGUGAAAGUCUCAAUGUCGUUAGAUUUGACAACCUUGUGAAUCUGACAGAAAUUGGUGCUGAGGCCUUUACAGAAUGUGUCUGUUUGACCGAAAUGUCGCUUCCCCCAACCAUUACCACCCUCGAUCAAGGUGUCUUUUCUCAGUGCGUCAAAUUACAAAAGGUGAGGUUGCCUCCCAAUCUGAAAACCAUUCCGAGUCAUGCCUUUGAGGGUUGUGUGGAACUCCGAGAGCUCAAUUUGGAGUCGACCAUGGUCUCCAACAUUGGAAAAAACGCAUUUGCUUCGUGCAAUGAACUGACCGAGGUCGUUGUUUCACCCACUUUGGAGACGAUUGGUGACUAUUCCUUUUUGAAUUGCAAGGGUCUCCAAAGGGUUCACGGAUUGAGCGUAGCUCGACGACUCCACGCCCUUGGUCGCGAAGCCUUUCGAGAUUGUAUAGCGUUGGUCUCGUUCGACUUGAGUCAUACCAUACUAGAAGAAAUUCAGGCGGAAUCCUUCCGGGGCUGCUUGAGAUUGUAUGAGAUCGUACUAAAUGCCAAGUUGAUGGAUAUUGCAUCCAACGCGUUUUCCGGCUGUUCCACAUUACGAAAAGUGUACUUCCACCAGUCUGGUCGCUUGGAAAAGAUUGGGGCUGGUGCUUUUAGGAGAUGCCGGAAUCUGUAUCUUAUGAACUUUCCAUCAAGCUUGGAAUCUAUUCAAUGUGAUGCAUUUAGUGAAUGUUGGAAUCUGCGUUCAGUCUCGUUUCAAGAAGGCCUGUGGUAUAUUGGAGAAGAUGCCUUUUUUGGUUGUGAAUCUUUGGCAGAUGUUACCAUUCCUAGUUCUGUCGACUAUCUAAUGGAAAAUUCGUUUGAUGGUGAUUAUUUGGAACGGAUCGAUACCAACGGGGAUCGAUUGGAACUGUCCAUUCGACUCUGGAGCAUGUAUCCAGAUGCCUUUGUUGGAAUGUCGGAAGAGAAAUGGUGUUCUCUAUAUUCUCACCAUGAUAAGAAUUUCUGUUUCAGAAUGACCAAGAAGGAUCAUGAAAAACUAGAUUGUGUAAAACAAAUCUUUGCCAACAAUCUUUACGAGUUGGUUCAUUGGAGUAUUUCCGUUGGAUCCGUUGGCACUUGA